CAUAUUAUUACAUCGGAAGACUACUCACAAAAUCAUAUUAUUACAUCGGAAGACUUUGGAGAUCGAAAGGGAUGGAUCCAACCUUAUAUAAUGCUGCGAUGGAAGGAAUUAUCGUAGAUGCCGAUUUUAUACUUGCUGAUCAUCUACAAAGGGAUGAGGAAAAUGGGUACCAGGUCACUCCAAAGGGCAACACUGUCCUCCACGUCGCAGCGCUGUAUGGCCAAUCAGGUUUCCUGGGACAAGUCCUUGAGAUUACUUCCGCAUUGUUAUGCUGUAAGAACAAGAAAAAUGAAACUGCACUUCACUUGGCAGCUAACAAAGGGCACAGUGAAGUAGCCCGGGUGCUACUUCGCGCAGCUGGAGAGGGGAAUAAGGAGACACUCAUGAGGAUGACAGAUGACGAUGGAGAUACAGCCCUACACAAGGCCGUGAGGAGUGGAGGGGUAGACACUGUCAGACUCUUGGUGAAAGAAGAUCCUGAUUUCGAAUUUCCAGCAAACAAAGCAGGGGAGACACCACUGUAUCUGGCGGCGGAGUCUGGCUUUCUUGACUGUUUGUUGGAAAUCUUGAGAUCCUCCAUCAGACCAACAUAUGGCGGUCCAUGUGGUCGAACGGCUUUGCAUGCGGCAAUGAUCCAGAAACACAGUGAUUGUGCGACAUCACUAUGGCAAUGGAAUAAAUCGUUAUGUGAGGAAUCAGACCAAUGGGAUUGGAAUCCACUGCAUUAUGCUGUUAAACGAGGAUUGAAAUUAGUAGUUCGUGAAAUGCUGGGGUGGAAGAAAUCAUUAGCCUACAUUCAAGCAGGCAGUGGAAAUGACUGGACGACAACAAUUCACAUUGCAGCCAGUAAAGGUUAUGCGAACAUGAUAAAUGAGCUAUUAAAUCAUUGUCCAGAUUGCUGGGAAAUGCUUAACAGCAGUGGCCAAAAUGCUCUUCAUGUUGCCAUAUCGAACAAUAAAAUAAGAGUAAUUAGAUUCAUACAGAAUUCUAAAGAGUUUCAUAACCUUAUUUACGAGGCGGAUAAUGAUGGCAACACUCCUCUCCAUUUGCUCGCUGCCUCUACUAGGUUACGUGUGCCUCUAAACCUAAGUGGUUAUCCCCGUGCAAAGAUGUUAUUUAACAAGAAAAAACAGACUCCACUUGACAUAGCAUUGUCUGGCACAGAGACAACACAAAUGGAGAAAUGGUCAUUCAAGCGAAGGCUUCGCCUUCGACUGGGGGGACGCGACUUCGAGAUAAGAGGGAAGAACAUGCAGGAGCCAGAGGAUGAAAUGGAGUCAAGGGGCACAAAUACACAACAGAGGGAGAACAAAGCUAGGAGAGAUAAAAUACGCAAAUUGCAAGAUAUUAUGACGGCAACUCAAAUACAUCUAGUUGUGGCCGCUUUACUAGUGACGGUCACCUUCGCAGCCGGUUUGACAGUGCCGGGAGGUUUUGAGAGCGAUCCCGGCCCUAAUAAAGGAAUGGCGAUUUUGAUAAGGAAAACAGCGUUCCAUGUAUUUGCUGUUUCGAAUGCCAUUGCCUUUACAUGCUCCGCUGGUGCUGUAUUCAGCUACUUCUUCAUUGGAGAUAAUACAGCAGCUACAAAGAAGUUAAAAAUUAUACUUCCGCUCUUUGGGAUGGGGGAUGUUUUGCAGCAUGGGGCGAUGUUAGGAGUAGUAACUGCCUUUGUAACUGGUACGUAUGCUACUUUAGCACAUUCAGUUGGCCUCGCUGUUACUGUCUGUGUCAUCGGUUGCGCCUCUUUCCUUGUGUACAGUGCUCUGUGGUUUGCCUUCUACUGAACUCGUGAUAUAUCAAUAUUCAGAAAAGGGCUAGAGGGAUUAGUGAACACGAGCAGAGAUAGGAUCUCAAGUGUGUUAAGUAACUGGAUUCUGAAUUAAAGCUUUAUAUAUAUUUGGUAAAUUUCUUAACACAUAUGCAAGGAAUGAAUCAAAAUUACUGA